AUGCCGGUGCGUAAAGCUUUCUAUGGACUUGUGUACAAUUCUACGAGAACGGAAAAUGAGAGCAGCAAUGGGUUGAGCCCACAAGUGUUGGCCGAUCUCGUCGGUUGCAUGCCCGUCUCGCGCUGGAAAGAGCAUCAAAAGUUGGACAGUGAAACCUAUCGGGGAUUCAUCACGGCCAAUAUAAAAGACAGUUUAUUCCACGCGGUGCGAAUUUUGUGGUCUCGCCGAGUGCACCGUUUACCGAUCAUGGACAAAUCGACCAACGAUUGCAUGUUCAUUCUCACACAUCGGCGAAUUUUGCACUUCUUGUGGAAUUACUGUCUCCUUUUGCCCCGACCUGCCUACAUGAGUGAAAGCAUUCAAAAGCUUCAACUCGGCUGCUGGAAAGAUAUCAUCUAUGUCGAAGAAAGAACCCCUCUAAUCGAUGUGCUUGAUCUUCUCAUCGAUCAACGCGUCAGUGGCGUUCCAGUCGUGGAAAAUGGCUCUAAAAAGCUAGUCAAUGUUUACACGCGAUUCGACGCGAUUGCUGUUGGAUUUGAUGAGAAUUUCCCGAAACUCGACAUGUCCGUCGAAGAAGCGGGUGGUACAAGUGGCGGUGAUUCGGUGGUGACCGUCGCCGAGAACGCCACGAUGUGGACGGUGCUCGAGGUGUUCAUUGAGAGAAAUGUACAUAGACUUUUUGCAAUCGAUGACAACAAUAAUUUGAAGGGAGUGAUCUCAUUGUCGGACAUGAUUUGGUACAUGGUAAUCCGGCCAUACGAGGAUAAACACAAAACGAUGAAAAAGAGUCAA